CACUCUCGCAGCCAGGCUCGCGCACUCUCUCUCCUCCGCCUGCUCUCUCCCUCCUCAAAACUCUCUCCCUCCCCUGAAAAUUCUCCACAUACUCUGGUUCUAAGUGGUGGCGGCAUCUCGCUUAGGCGAGAUCCUCCUCGCCCGGUUUCUACUCCUCUGCUCCACCCAAGUCGCCUCCUUUCCUGCAAUCCUCUGCUGAGCUCACAAGAGCAGGGGGGCAAUUGGAGGAGCUCAACUCAGCACCACCCCCGCCUCGAUCGGCACCGGCUGCUGCGAGAUCGGCCAGGCGGCCUGACCGCGCGCGAUGUAUCGGGUGAAGAGCGAGAGCGACUGCGAGAUGAUGCUGCAGGACCAGAUGGACUCGCCGCUGGCCGACGACGGCAGCAGCGGCGGGGGGUCGCCUCACAGGGGUAGCGGGCCGCCCCUGAAGAAAGGGCCGUGGACAUCCGCGGAGGACGCCAUCCUGGUGGACUACGUCAAGAAGCACGGCGAGGGGAACUGGAACGCGGUGCAGAAGAACACCGGUCUGUUCCGCUGCGGCAAGAGCUGCCGCCUCCGGUGGGCGAACCACCUCAGGCCCAACCUCAAGAAGGGGGCCUUCACCCCCGAGGAGGAGCGCCUCAUCAUCCAGCUCCACGCUAAGAUGGGGAACAAGUGGGCGAGGAUGGCUGCUCAUUUGCCAGGGCGUACUGACAAUGAAAUUAAGAACUACUGGAACACUCGAAUAAAGAGAUGUCAACGAGCUGGUCUUCCUAUCUAUCCUGCUAGUGUAUGCAAUCAAUCUUCAAGUGAAGAUCAGCAAAUUUCUGGCGAUUUUAACUGUGGCGAGAAUAUAUCCAAUGAUCUUCUGAGUGGGAACAGUCUUUAUCUACCAGAUUUUACCAGUGACAAUUUCAUUGCUAAUACAGAGGCUUUAUCCUAUGCACCUCAGCUUUCAGCUGUUUCAAUAAGCAAUUUGCUUGGCCAGAGUUUUGCAUCAAAGAAUUGUAGCUUCAUGGAUCAGGUAGACCAAUCAGGGAUGCUGAAACAAUCUGGCUGUGUGCUUCCUGCAUUGAGCGAUACUGUUGAUGGUGUGCUUUCCUCAGUGGAUCAAUUUUCAAAUGACUCUGAGAAGCUCAAGCAGGCUUUAGGUUUUGAUUAUCUCAAUGAAGCCAAUGCUAGCAGCAAGACUAUUGCACCUUUUGGGGUUACACUUUCUGGCAGCCAUGCCUUUUUAAAUGGCAUCUUCUCUGCUUCUAGGCCCAUCAAUGGUCCUUUGAAGAUGGAGCUCCCUUCACUCCAAGAUACCGAAUCUGAUCCAAAUAGCUGGCUCAAGUAUACUUUGGCUCCUGCAAUGCAGCCUACUGAGUUAGUUGAUCCUUACCUGCACUCUCCAAUAGCGACCCCAUCAGUGAAAUCUGAGUCUGCAUCACCAAGGAACAGUGGUCUUCUGGAAGAGCUGCUUCAUGAAGCUCAGGCACUAAGAUCUGGGAAGAACCAACUACCAUCUGUCAGAAGUUCAAGUUCCUCUGCUGGUACACCAUGUGAGACUACUACGGUGGUUAGCCCAGAGUUUGAUCUCUGCCAGGAAUAUUGGGACGAACAUCACAGUUCUUUCCUCAAUGAUUGUGCUCCUUUCAGUGGAUAUUCGUUCACUGAAUCCACUCCUCCUGUUAGUGCCGCAUCACCUGAUAUCUUUCAGCUCUCCAAAAUUUCUCCUGCACAAAGUCCUUCAAUGGGCUCUGGUGAGCAGGCAGUAGAGCCUAAACAUGAUACCGCAGGUUCACCUCAUCCUGAAAACCUGAGGCCAGAUGCACUAUUCUCUGGUAACACAGCUGAUCCAUCCUCUUUCAACGAUGCCAUCGCAAUUCUACUGGGCAACGACAUGAAUGCCGAGCCCAAACCUGUUCUCGGCGACGGAAUCGCAUUCGGUUCUUCCUCAUGGAGCAACAUGCCGCACGCCUGUGAAAUUUCGGAAUUCAAAUGAAUUCCCUGCUGCUCCUUGAACGCUGAAGGAGGUUCUGUUCUUGCCGAUUGUAUUGAGGUCAAUGUCAAGGAAGGCCUUAUUGAUUCUCUGACGCCGCAUUACUGACAGAGACCCUUUGAGGGCGCCCAGGUGCAGCAGCUACCAGAUGUGAUGAUCUUCAUGCGACUAGUCCUUUUAUCGAAUAAAGAGCAUGGAGAGAAGCCGGAUAUUUUACUUUUGUUGCUUUCUAUUAGAGAACCGUUUUUGUCAUCCCUGUGGUCUGGAUUCUGUUGGAAAUGCUUCAUGAUUUUUGUUGAACAAUGUAAUAUCAGUCAUGUGAUGUCAUGCUGUGUACUA